AUGCCUCGCGCCCCGACGUCGGCGAUCAAGAAGCAGCCAUUGACCUUUGCGCAGCUCGCUGCGUACGAUGAUAUUUUGACCGACGCCCUUAUUGACCAUGUUUACUACUGGACGGCAAUACCGAAGAAUCGCCCAUUAUACCAUCCUUCCCGCGGUAUCCGGGAAGAGGAGAUUACUAAAAUUAUCCAAACUCACCUUAUCGUCGACCCGGACCUCGCCAUCGCCGAGGAGAAGCUGUUGGCGACCGACGGCUUGAGGAAAUUCCAUAACUCACUCCGGACAGACAAGGAGAAAGAGGACUUCAAAGCGCAUCUCCGGCGAUACAUAUCCAUCUACCUCCCCGAUUGUCCAUUCGAAGUCAAUGCGACGAACCGUUUUACUAUCGACUCAUACGAAGCGAGCAUCACAGCGAGGCGCCCAAUUCGGCGCAAUGAAGCGAUCAAGUACUUGGCCGGCACCCAGGUGACGGUCACGCCAGAGGAGGAGGCCCAGCUAGCCUUGCGCAAGAAGGACUUCAGUCUCGUAGUCAGCAGCCGGAGCAAGCUGACCAGCCUUUUCAUGGGGCCCGCGAGAUUCGCCAACCACGAUUGUGCGGCAAAUGCCAGGCUUGUUACGCGCGGCUCGGCAGGGAUUGAGAUUUUUGCGUGCAGGGACAUCGGGUUGGGCGAGGAGAUCACCGUCACGUACAGCGAGAGCUACUUUGGGGAGAACAACUGCGAUUGUCUCUGCCAGACGUGUGAGGACAACGUGGCCAAUGGUUGGAAGCCCAAGGAUGGUACCGUGCCAGUGCAUAGGAGCAUCGAAGAAAGUGUAUUAGGCGACGACCAGGGCUAUUCGUUGCGUCGACGGCGGCGGGAGCGGAGCGUUAGCGUCGCUGGGUCUCGCACCUCGUCGGUCACCCCCGACAUCCGUCCGCGUAUUUUCAAGACCGCAAAAAACCGAGCAAUGGCGAGCGACAGGGCCUCGACGACAGAUUCUGACGGCAUCGACGUAGUCGCCAUGGCCGUAGCUGCCCCGAAACGGAAUUUUGAUACGACGGCCCUUAGCUCUCCGCCUCUCACACCGGCCAAGCGCCAAAAGCCGAACCAUUACGACGUUGUUCCCCUUCCACUGGGCUUGGACGUCUCGAGGGACAGCUCAGCCAGUGGGCCCGUAGACAGUCUUAUUGCAACUGAAGACGAGAAGAGCACCGCCACACAAGCGACAACACCGGAAUUUGAGGAACCGAAACCACCGUCGAUGCGAGAAAAACCGCUAUUGUCACCAGAGAUGUCGCCGAUGAAAGAGGGUGCCACGCCGGUCGGUGCGUUGAAUGGCGAGCGCGACGAGCCCACAGAGACUGGCGCACCGCUGUCGGUUCUUCCUACUACGGAAACCGAUCUUCCGGAAGAAACGCUCGAUAUCGCGGCUACUACACCAUCUUUGUUUCCCAGCUCCGAAUGCUCGAUGACAGCAAACGAUUUGCCGGAGCAUAUCACUCCCGUAUCUGAGCCCCCCCGGCUUACUCAAGAGGGAAAAAGCGUGGCGCGGCAAGACUCGCAGGAAACGAUUAUAGAGGAGAGCCUUGCGGUGCCGAAUUCGGCGCCCUCGCAAAUUCAAGAAGCGGAAAACAAUGCCCAACAAGGUGCCGAAACCCCGGUGUUGGGAGCGUCCAGCUUGACCGCAGAGCCUCAUAAUGAGGUGGCCCCGGUCAUAUCAGCCGUCUCAACAAAGAAAAAGAAACGCCGGGUGUCAGAAAAACCCGCGCCAGAACCCGUCCGGAAACAGCGCGUGCCGGGCGACUACACGCUCACACCACUCCUUCUCGCGCAGCCCGAGACGGCGUGGAUCCAUUGCACCAACUGCAACACGGCGUUUGUGCAGAGUGACGCCUACUACACGCGGGCGAACUGCUCCCGAUGCGAGCGCCACUCCAAGCUAUACGGCUACGUCUGGCCCAAGACGGCACCGGCCGGCAAGAACGACAGGGAGGAGCGCGUGCUUGAUCACCGACUCAUCAACCGCUUCCUGCACCCGGAUGACGAGGCCAUUAUACGUGGUCGCAAACCCUGGAGAGAGCGCCUCGGCCAGAGCAGCAGCUCGCUGGCGCCCAGCGAGGAGCGCGGCCGACAGCGCGAGUCCGGCACUCCCCAGGGGACUCCUGGUGAUAACUACCGCCGGAGCGGACGUGCCCGCAGAGCUAGUGCAAAGGCUAUGGCCCAGUGA